AUGGACAGAUGCGGUGCCACAGUCUUUGUGUUCGGCAAACGGUCCGUAUAUUUACCCGUAAAUGAGGCCGAAAUGGUUCCGCACUGUCAAGAAGAAUUUGAAGCCGAAACGUGUGUUAAAAACUACGCCCGAAAAUGUUUGGCUCCCUUUCCCCGACAAAUCAUAGGAAUUUUACUCCAAGGCGCCUCACAAGUGAUUCACAGUAGAUGUAAACCAGAGGGUGUUAAAGAUUAUUUAUCGCAUAAGAAUUGUAUUGCGACGACAAUCUCUGAUUUGCACGACUGUAUGGAUCAGUUAGUAUUGGGAUUGAAUGCCAUCGCCAAAGCACCAGCUGAUGAUAGGAUACCAAUGGCUUGUUGUGCUUUUGGCCGAUACCAACACUGCUCAAUACAACCCAUUAAAAACAAGUGUACGGAUGACCCAAAAGCUGUAGAAUAUAUUGGCAUUAAAAUGAUUAAAGGUAUCAAAAAUUGCUUUACUUAA